UUUGUAGACAAAACGGCUCUUUUCAGAGCCUAGUGGUUCCUGGUGAAGCUAGGCUAGAAGAUGCCUAAAUUUGAUCCAAUUAUUUGGACCAUGACGUUCUCAUAAGAAGCUGAUUUAUUGUUUUAUUUCUUUUUUCAUUUUAUAAUGAACUCUUUUGUAAAGGCUGAGUACUGUGAUGCUCUCACACGUAUGAGGCAAGAACUAAUUUUGUUGAACACUUGAAGUGGUCAAGUAAUUCUACUGUGCAAUGUUGGUGAUACUCUGUUAAGUAUAUAUUUUUGUACAUAUUUUGACCGGUGAUAAUCAGUCCGUGUGGCCAGUGUGCCUUUUUAAAUCCCACUGUGCUCUGUCUUGGCUGUGAGGUCAGGGAGGUUAUUUUUUCCGCCUGUCGCUACGCUGCUGUAGGCUCUCAGCCUCUGUCAUAUCCAUAGGGGAAUUUAUGUUCUGGAGAUAUUGACGCAGUUCAGUUUUUAUUCUCACAGCUCAUUGCUGGGUGUUAUUGCCUAUUUACUUGUGCAUCUUAUUUGUAGGCGCACUAUGUGAUAAACCUGAACAUGAAAACAGUAUAAAUACGGUUAACUUCUUUAGCUAUGUUAUUCAUUUUAGCCAUCACACAGUUGUUAAGACUGUUUAAACAGAAAAAGGAUUCAUUUAAAAAAGGAACAGUUAUUUUAAACUUUGAGAGUACCGAGGCAUGUUCAGGAAACAAAUGAUUGAUCUUUCUAUCUCCCCUACUGCGAACAGACACAUUGGGCCAAUUUAAAGCGUUUUAUUAAAUGAAUGUGGUUCUAAAAGAAAGCGGAAUUUCACAGAAUUUUUCCAAAUUUCUGCAUAUUGAGAUGCAGGUGUAAACAAAGUCAUUCAGAGCAGUUUGAUAUGAAAUGGUUCACUGUAGAGAAACAUGCUGACUCUUUGCAGUGGUGCUGAUGGGGAACCAAGGAUUGCAAUGUCAACACCACAGAGAUAUAGUUUUUAUAUGUAAUGAUGAUAACAGUAAAAUAGAGGUAAAUUGGGAACUAUUUAAUCUUUCAACAACCUGCAUGUAACUAUUAAUAUAUUUUAAAAAAAUACAUUUUAGGGCAGAACCUCAUCUUAAAGAGGCACGCAAAAAGGUAUCAGACUUUGCAUGUCUGGUUUUGAUCAUCACCACUAUGAACAAAUUUGACUUGAACGGAGCAUUUCACGUCAUACCACUCUGAAUGAGUUCAUUUAAAUAGUAAUGAUUGAAUUAUACAGACAUUUUCACCAUUUUCAAUGCAUUAAUAGGAAAAAUAACCACAUUAAAUUGUUACUUUAUUUGUAGUGUUUUUUCUGCGGUGCAUUUGAAGCACACAUGUUAAUUUAUUUAAUUUUCUUAUUUUUCCGUGGAGCAACGCGACUUGACCUUUUUUAUUGGUACAAGCUGCUAUUGUACAAUGCCAAAAUCCCAAAUAAAGCAUUACAGUCUCAGAUCUCCAUCUGAAUCUGGACCCGUCAGCAUCACUUGGGCUGCAGAAGUCUAACUUUCGUUUUCAGACAAAUGAAAGCAGGAGGUGGGCUGAAUUUCAGCAGCCUAUCAUGGGCCGCUCGGUACCAGUCUGAGAAGCUCUUGAUGAGAGCAGUUUUGAGAGUUGUAGUCUUUCUACCUGAACAAAAGGAGGUGCAGCGUCUAGACAACUUUAAUAUUAACUUCAGUGGGAAACAGAGUGGAUUCUCACCGUGUCGACUGUACUUGUUGCUUGAAUUUGAGUGCGAAGACGAUUCGCAUAAAACAAUAGACACGGCUGACAAACGCGCCCAGCGGCACAUCCGGCAGUCUCGCUUCAGCAAACGGAGGAAGAAGAGCGCAGACACUCCGCACUGAUAAAUAAUUCUCUGAGUUCGGAAGAAAAAUGGCAUGUAGAGGGAAAUCCAUGACGUUGCAUUACAGACCAGACAGGUGCCUGGAAUUGAAAAUUUGAGGAAAUUGUUUAUGCAGCAGAAAUAAUGGAAGAACUUUCCAACACUCCGGUUGAAAAAUGGACAGAGUCCAUGGUGAGCACAUGGUUACACUCAAUAGGAGUGAAAGAACAGUAUGUUAAAAAACUUCAUGAAGAAGAAGUCGAUGGCCGAAUCCUCCUUGAAAUCACAGAGGACUUUCUGAAAAAAGAGACUGGAAUGAAAUCCGGCUAUGCACAUUUGAUCAUUACCAAAAGAAAUGAGUUAGUUAAUCCUUCCCACAAAGUUCAGAGACAAACUGAUAAUACACAUGAAAGGACUGUCCAGAAACAUGACGAUCAAAACAAUGACCAAAAACCAGCAUCUGUCAAGCGUGGUUCAACAACCAGCAGUGCCCAGAAGGGAGAACUCAAACAGGGCUCUGUGACUGUCCUGACAACAAAGAGUGAUGCAAAGCCUCGACCUUUUGGCAAAAGGGGUGUUGACUACACAUAUGUGAAGCACAAUGUUCUUCAGCCUGAAUCAGGUGUCAUUGAUCUUAUAACCCCCUGUCAUGAGUACAAGGCAUUUACAAUUGCUGCAACAUUGGACUGCCAAAGAGUUCAAGCAAAGCUGGCAAAGGAAAUUUUCAAAUUUGCCACGGGAUGCAUGAACAUGCGAUCAAAUGGCACAAUACACUUUGGUGUAAUGGAUGGAAAAGAUAACUCUGGCUGUGUACAUGGUGAAAUCAUUGGUUUUCCCAUUCAGAAUAAGGACACGUAUGCUGAUGCGUUGAAUCUCAUUGACAGGUGUUUCUCCACUGCCAAUGUUGAACUUGUGCAGCAGUGCAUUCGACCACCUGAGUUCAUCCUGGUGAUUGACCCAAACAGUACUGAAGAACACUAUGUUGUUGAAGUUGACAUUGUACCUUUAAUAAGCAUAGUGAGGAAUAGGGUGUUUCCAGUCCUUUUGCCAAACUUCAGAGAGAAGAAAAACAAAAUUGAAUUUGAAAAGGAAACAAUCUAUCGCAGACUAGGUUCCAGAACAGAGCCAGUCACUGACACAAGUGAAUUUUACCAUGGAGUUCAGAGCAGGGAUGCCCAAAGAGAGGAAAAAGAGCAGGCACAUUCUUUCACAAGUCCAGACCUCUGCCAAGAUCUUGGAAGAAAACUCAUCAUGCUUGUAACAGGUGGUAAGAAAAUCAUGGAAAAAGAUAAAUGGUACAUCCUUGUUACAAACAAGUUUUCAAAGGAAGAUCUCACCAACAUUGAUUUUUUGCUGAACAUGAAACUUUUCUGUGUGUUUGACUUUGACCCAGAUUCCAAAGGGUCUGGUUUAUGUCAUGAAUAUGGUAAGCACCAUGCUGUGAACCUCCACUUCAUGCAGAACUACAAAAUUCCAAGUGACACGAGCAUCAGAGAAUUGGAGAGUCACCUCCACUUGUUUGAACAAACAAGUUGGAUUUUUUGUAAUGGACGAAGUGACUUCAAAGGCAACGAGCAUCCAUGUGAUGAAAAGACUUGGUCUAAAACAAGGAGGACCUUCUUAAAAGAUUGUGUCUCAUUGAUCUGCAAAGACAUCCUGCCAAAGGGAACCUUUCUUGUGAUCUUCCUCCUCACCUCUCCUGUUGAGACUCCUCUCCUGAACACAUUCUACGAGUUCUUCACUGACAUGGAAGGUCAUGAAGACAUUAUCUGCAUUUCUGAAUCAGAGGAGAACUUUCGAAAAUGGCGGACCUUUGCUCUUGGAUCAUGUGACAUAGAAACUGUGACCAGGUCAAGUGUUGUUGGGAUGAAAAUGAGCCACGUCAAUGCAACUCUCCAACCAGUCCAGACCACCACUACUCGUGCAAUUAAACACUUACCUGUGUAUAUCAAAGGGGAAUGCUGUCUUGAGACACGUGAGGAGGAAAAAAUGUGUUCUUUAGAGAUUUUAGGCACCAACCAAUGUGAGGACACCAAACCUGAGUUGGUUGAUUUGGAGGAAAGGAAAAACAUAGAGAGAGAGUUUUACCUUGGAGGUAAAGUGACAUGGAUGAACUUCUGGCUUGCAGAGAAAAGGUUUGUUGAGGAAGUUAUUCAAAGAGAUGCCUACUGUGAUGUGACCAACCUCCUGAAGGACUCUCUUAAGUGGAGUUUGGAUCAGAUGCCUAUCAAUUGUAUCAACAUAUACCAUCAUCCUGGCAGUGGUGGUAGCACAGUAGCAAGACAGGUGCUUUGGAACUACAGAAAGGAGCUGCGGUGUGCAGUUGUGAAGCCAUCAUUCUCUGUUGGUGUUGUUUCAGAACAUGCUGUCAAGCUAAGGGAGUAUGAGGAAAAAGAUCCACAGAAGUGUUGCCCUGUUCUCCUACUUGUUGAGGAUUGUGACAAAGAGUACCUAGAAGACUUGAAGAAGGAAUUAGAAGUGGCCGUCUACACUAAGAAAAUUGCACAUGGAACGCCGUGUUUCAUUCUUCUUAGCUGUAUGCGAUCCUACACUCCAGAGAAAAUGUGUAAGGAGUCAUCUCUGCAGAAUGUCUCUGUUACUCACAAACUUUCUCCAGAAGAGAAAAGACACUUUGCAAGAAAACGGCAAAAGCUUGAGCAGCAGUACCAGCCAGAGUUUAUCCUGACGUUUGUCUUGAUGAGUGAGGAAUUUGAACAUCAGAUCAUUGCUGAAUAUGUCAAGCAGUUUGUGAGACAUUUACUACAAGACAUUGACCAUGUAUCUGUUGUCACUCAGCUCAUUCGCUAUGUAGCUCUGCUUAACACCUACGUCCAGAACUCUUUCAUCUCUCAAUCACAUUGCGAAGCCCUGCUGCCUCUUGCUUUAACUGUCCCCAUGGAUAGAUUUCGACAACACGCAUUUGAGGCUUCUUUGAGUGAGCAGGCCAAAUUGGUGUUCAUACAUUUGAGAGAUGAAAGGACCCACAUUAAAUCUGUCAGAAUCAUUCACCCAUUAGUUGCAAAGGAAAUCCUCCAUCAGCUUUUGGGUGGCAAAAAACAACAAAGUGGCCUCGCACUUGAUCUUCUCAGCAACGAUGUACUCUUUGAACACAGAUUUGGGAGAGAAGAUUACGUGAAGUUCCUUCGUGCACUGUUCAUGACACGCUCUAGGAUCAGCAAAGGUGAUGAGUCAGACAGCUUUUUCUCUCCUCUCAUUGAGCAUGUGAGAGAAGAUGAAACACCAGAAAAAGCUAUCAAGCUUCUCGAAGAGGCAUACAAAAGAUUUGGCAAGGAUGCAUUUUUUGCUCAGCAACUGGCUCGUCUCAAUUACAGUCAUGAAAGAUUUGAAGAAGCAGAACACUGGGCAGACAUUGCAGCCAAAAAACAGCCUAACAACUCCUACAUUCUUGACACCAAAGGUCAGGUGUACAGAAAAUGGUUCACAAAGAAAUGCAAAGCCAUGGAAAAGACUGAGAAAACCCCAGAGAACACAGUAGAUGCCAUUGAGACAGCUCUUAAAGCCAUUGAAUGCUUCCAAGAAUGCGAGAAGGCAGCGGUGGCAGACGUCGAGUCAAUGAACAACUCAGGUUUUUUUGCAAAUGUAGAUGUGUGCUACAGCUUGUUAAAGCUAAUUUCUUCACUUCACAUUUUCUCAAACAAAACAAAUGGCCGUUCCGAAUGCCUGAAGUACUUGCUCACAGAACACGUUCCCAAAGAAGUCAAAAAACCAUGGGAGCAUUUUCACUUCAAUCUUAAAAAGCUUCAUGCCACAAUGCGUAAUGCCUUGGAAUGGAUAUCAGAAGAACUGAAUUAUUUUCAGACGGACCUGUAUACAGAUGAUGAGACCUCUGAGAGCUGUGAGCUGACAAUAAGUCACCCUAAGCGUUGGUUGGUAACCAAGUCCGCUCUUUAUGGCAAGUUCUUCAGUGAUGCUUCAUUUAGCAGUGUAUCUGGUCCCUGGCAGUCUAAUCCAGCUCGUCUGACUCCGUUCACUAAACGCAUGAUAAUCUGCCAACUUGGUGGAGGAAACAUCACAUCAGUCUUUUCCAUCCUAGACAAGAAAGACAAGGAUGCAGUCAAAAUUUUGGAAGACAUCAUUUCACUGUAUCCGGAAAACCCUGUGCAUGCUAAAAUGGAUCAAGUGGAUCUUGUUAACUACAUUGCAUCGCAUAUUGCUUUAAGUGCAGUCUCAACCCAGUCACCUAGUCUGGCUGCACUCAGUGAUUUGCAAAGGCUGAGCCGUCAGUUUCCUCAAGACCAGUCAAAAUGCCUGUCAAGUGCUCUGUUUUUACGCAUCUUAUUAUUCUGGCCAGAAGAGCACGACACUGAUGAGGAAAAGGAGCACAAAUACGAAACUGUCCUCACUGCUAUUGAAUUCCUCCAAAGAUCAUACUGGAGCAAAAUGAAGGAUAUCCCUCACAAAAGGAGACGGAUUUACACUCACUUCUUCCUGGGAAAUGGAGUUGGGUAUGGGAAGUUUGUCCAUAAGAGCAAAAUUGAAAACCUCUCAAAAUUGACCUCCAUUUCAGAAAAGCGUCUGAAAUGGUUCAGAGGGGAAUUGUGGAAAACGGCAGAAAUUGCUGAUGUGCUGAAACGUGUGACGGGCUGGACAGAGAAUGGAACUGUGUACCUUGAGGGUCCGAAAAAGAAAAAGUUCCCUGUUCAUGCUUUGUAUGUACACUCAGUGCCCUACGACAAUGAGAACGUCACCUUUUAUCUGGGCUUUACGUUCAGAGGGCCUGUUGCGUACAACAUCAAGCCAACAGGAGGCUAAAUGUACACAGUCGAGACACAUUGUUAUGACCACUUCCUACUUUCAACGGUGGCAGCGUGUAGCUCAUGAAGGACGUCACGUCUUGGGCUGGCUUAGUGGGUAUAUAAAGUGUGGAAGGCACUCUCAACUAAUUUGGGUAUGAAUCCACCCUUUCAGAUCACGUACUCCCAUACAUGCUGAUUGUCUUACCUGGGGCGGAUGGGAUCUUCGAGCAGGACAAUGCGACACGUCACACGGCUAGAAAUGUCCGAAAUUGGCUGGAAGAGCAUGACCAAGACUUCCAAGUACUACCCUGGCCCCCAGACUUGAACCCAAUUGAGCAUCUAGGGGACCAAAUCGAUCGUCCUGUUCGCCCUAUGGAUCCUUCCCUGUGCAGUCAGCUUGGCUCCAGAUACCUGCGACAACCUACCAGGACCUCACUGAGUCACUCCCAGCCCGUCUAGCUGCUGUCCGCGCUGCACACGGCUGUUACUCUGGAUAUUAGGUGGUGGUCAUAAUAAUGUGACUCGACUGUGUAGCAUCCAUUUUCAGCAAAUUAUGGCAAACUGACUUGAUUACAUUGCCUGAUGUGAUGUUUGUGCUGCUGUUAUGAUGUACAUGUUAACAGUAGAUUCCUACUUGCAGCCCACAGCUUUGCUAAAGCUAAAAAGGCUGUACAUGUAUGUGAAUUUAAUGCCCUGUAGUGUGAGGUUUUUCUUUUGCACAGACGUGUUGAAGUUUUGAAACAGUGGCCUGUCUGUUAUAGUAAGUAAUUUGCUGUACGACAUGCUUAUGGUACUAUGUGAUCACACACAGUCCUUUACAUGAUGUAAAUAUGAGAGCUUUUUGGUGUAAACACGCCAGUACCAGCCCUGCUAAAUCCUUCUUUGCAGACAUUUUGUAGUUCCAAAUUCUGAUGUAACCACUGCUGUAGCUGAGGUAACACUGGUUCUUUAUACUGUUGAAAAGACUGGGAAGGGCACAACCAAUGUUUUAACUCAGAUUACCUCUGAACAGAGCGAGGGUAAACAUAUGAUGUCACAAAAUUGAGCGUCUCAUUUGCGAAGGAGAAUAGCACCUAGUUACCUUUACUCAAUUGCAUGUACUUAAGUAAAAUUUUGAAAGAGUUGUACUAUCAUGGGUAUUUUUAAAAUCAUAAAACUUCUACUUUUACUCAAGUAUAUUUGUGAAGAACGAUCUAAUUUUCAUUGUGUUAUGUUCCUCAUGUUUCACUAUGUUAUGUUGAUGACAGCACUUGUGCUGUGUUGCCACUGCUAAUACUUCUCAUUUUUGGGGUUUAUCAUUUUAUUUUAGACCAAAAGACUCCAAAAAAGAGAAGAAUAACCCCCUAACAAACUUCAGUGUACUUCCUGUACUGAUAGAGGCUGGAUGUAGUAAGAUGUUUCAUUGCAGUACUGUACAUUCCUCAAUACUUUAGUUUUUGACCUGAUAUUUUUGUUCUUCCAUACUUCUAUAUUUUAUUAUGAAUAUAAUAUUACUUUUAUUAUGCUACUCUACCCACUGCACUUAUUUCUAAUAGUGUAUUGCAUUUCAUUUCUUGACGCUUCACCCAUUUCCAUCACAGUGUUUACCAUUCACGAGUAUCAGUCUUCCAUAAGGAUUUCACAUCUAUGUAUCUGUUUGGCUGGUUGAAGAACCAUCUUUAGUUUUGGUCCACAUCAUUCAUUGCUUCCUGGAGUUUAUUUUGUGUUUAGUUUUUGUCUUACUGUUUGUUAAAUUGGGCAGACUUUUUCUUAUUGCAAGCUUUUAUGUUCAUACAUUUGUUUCCUGUCUCAUUUUUCUACAUUUAUAUUUUACUGUAAUUUUCAUUGUAUAACUGCCUGCAAUGCCACCUGUGCUGUAAUAAACAUAGAAUAUAGAAUUCUAAAUUCA